AUGGUCGGCCGGCUUAGCCUGCAGGAUGUCCCCGAGCUCCUGGACAUGAAGAAGAAGGGGGACGGGGUGCUGGAUAGUCCGGACUCCGGGCUGCCCCCAAGCCCCAGCCCCAGCCACUGGCUGCUGGCCCCAGGCGGCGGCGGCGGCGGGGGCGGGGGCGCGGAGCGGGGGCUGGCCCCGGGACUGCUGGAGCCCGACGCAGCAGCUCCCGGACCCACGGCCGCGAAUUCUGUCUUUCUACCCAAUGCCCUGCCUCCAAGGCUGUGCCCUCUGUCUUUUGGUGAAGGAGUAGAGUUUGACCCACUGCCUCCAAAGGAGAUAAGGUACACCUCCUCAGUAAAGUAUGACUCGGAGAAGCAUUUCAUCGACAACAUCUAUAUGCCUGUGGGCCUGGCGGUCUCCUCCUGCAGCCAGACCGUGGUCUGCAUCCCUGGCUGCACCUGGCGGAACUACAAAGCCGAACUCCGCUUUGAACCUCGAAACAAGGCCCUUCGAUUUCUCAGCACCACCAUCAUCUACCCCAAGCACACCAAGACCGUGUACACCACCACCCUGGAUUACAACUGCAGGAAAUCUACAAGGCGGUUUUUGUCCAGCGUGGAACUCGAAGCCUCAGAAUGCCCAGCAAGUGAUUACCUCUUGGAUGAAUGCUGAAUGACACAUCUGGUGGUUGGGGGGGUGGGAAUGUAAUGUAAUGGAAGUUGGUCCUUCUGAGUGUGCUGCUCAGUGCUUUGAUCUUUCUAAGUGAAAAUGGGCAAUGCCUUUAUUACCCAGUCAUUUUCAACUCUGAAGCAGCCUUCUCUAUCAUUCUAGCUUUAUGUGUCCAGCCUCGGCAAAGGAGAGUGGGGAAAAAAACAACUCCAUCUCUAGUAUCUUUUGUUACUAUGGGAAUUUGAUUUUAGCUUUUCUUUUUAAAGGCAUUUAUUUUUCUUGGCUCACAGUUCCAUAUCCCCCAAAUUGUCAAUUGAAUAACAAAUAAAGGGAAUAUCCAGGUAAAAGGGAAAGUGAAAAAAAAUCAACCUUUGAAAUAGAAAACAUAGCUCGUCCUCUAUAGGGAAGGCAGAGCUUGUCUGUGGCGAAGUGUGGAAAAAGUCUUCUGGGAGGAAAGGUUGAGUGUCUCAUUUUAAGCAACUUCUGUUCGAAGUAAUGGUACUCAUUGUCUGAGUUGUCCUACCCAUAUGGGCUCAAUCUGUGUAAACUGAGGUCCAUGAGUUAUUUCUGCUUAAAUCAGAAUGCAGACCUUGUCCUUCCUGUCUGCUGAAGAUUCUGGAAUUUCCUAGAUCUUUUUCAACCAGAAGCCUCUUCUAAGGCAAUGUUUCUACCAUUACUGUCUUAUGAACGUUGCUGGAAGUCACUUGGAGAUUUAGUUAACUGAUCCGAAGAGAAGACCAAAAGACUUUGGUUAACCAUUCCGCUAGUCAUGAGGAAAGCCUCUUGUCUUCUUAUUCAAGGGCCCUGGCGACAAGCCUUGAGUGUCUGGAAUCCUGCUAACACCACCACAGACUUGUGGAACUCUUCUGAUAUGUACGUUGGGGUUUCCAAAUACUUUCCUAGUUUCCAUAAGGCAAAAUAUAGUAUGACACAUAUUUGAGAGAAAUGUCAUUGUUAAGGCUGCGUUGAUGGAAUGCUUUUAGGAUGUCUCAAGAUUGAUGCCUUUUGACCCACAACUGGAAAUGACUGCAUGGGUCAUGUCUGGGUAUUAUUUUAGAAGGGACAUAUCUAUAUACCCUAGAUUCUUUGGAAGUUUGUGAUAGUGUCUUUACCCAAGCCUCACAUGUGUUCUGUCCAAAGUAAGUUACAUUCAGAGCACAAUCCCUGCUGCCUAAUGGUUAACCAGUACCUUAAACUUAAUUCCAGGAGGCAGAAGAAAAAAAAUCUAGCUUUGGGAUCAAAUUUGAAUUCCAAUCAAAGGAAGCUCAUAUUCCAAGCAUCCAUCUUUGUUACUGUCGCACAAGGUGGUGAUUUUUGCUAAAGGGCCAAGGAUCCUCCUGGAUUCUCAACAUCCUCUGAGAUGGUCCCCAGAAAGAGCUUUGUUAGUUCAGAGAAAUCAGCCAGGAGAAAUUGAGAACAUCUAUGUAUGGGUCACCUAGGCAGAGUUCAGGCAGGCAAGCUGUCCCUUCUCUGAGGCCUCUGUAUUCCUUCUGAAGCCCUGAAGGCUUUGCUCUCCCCCAGUGCUCCCCCUUAGUAUGAGCCCCCACUAACUUUGGCUUCUGCUGGCUGCCAACCCCCCAAUUCAUAUUAAACAAGGCAGAGGCAGGAGGUGGAAGGAAGUGGGCAGCUUAUGGUACAGAAACCUGUUUGCAUCAGAGCUUUGAACUACAGUGAGGAAGGGUCUUGAGCAGCCCAAGGAGGAGGAGAACACACACGUGUUCCUUCUCUGGCUCAGGAGCUCCUCCAGCCAAGGUGGCCUCUCUAGAUGCCUGCUGUGGGCCUUUCUGGAGCCCAAGCUUUUUGAUUCUCUGUCGGGGUUAGGAGAGCAGAUAGAUUUGGGCAGAAUCUAAGGGGGCUGUUCAGGUAACACAGCUCAGGAAAGCUUUUUGAGACAAAGGAAGUGGGUGGGUGGCUUUUGUUGUUUUCCUGUCAGAAGGAACAAAACACAGGUAUGCUCUUUGAGUAUGUUCUAAUUCGGGCUAUGGAGCCUUGGGCGAGCCAUUUGAGUUCUGUGGGGCUCAGUUUUUUCCUCUUUAAAAGGAGGUUGGUGUAGAUGGUGUCUUCCAGCUCUAAAAUUCGACGACCUUCUUCUGAUGCGCAGAGAUAGAAGGUAAAUGGCCUAUAGGCCAGGCCUCUUUUCUAAGUAAGUUGUGAUUACCUUUAAUGACACAGGUUGGUUUAAAAAGCAGAAAUGGUCGAUGUUCAAAGAACCCAAUCAGCAUGUCUGGUGAUUUCUAUUCCCCUUCAUCAGGGUAUGCCGGUAAACUUUUAACAACCAGAUCUCUGAAGAAGAAAAUUUAAUUUAAAUUUAAUCUGCAUCAUUCAUAUUUUCUCCACCAUUUUCUUAAGUCUAAAUAGUCAACAGAACAGUUAUCAAGCUGUGAUUUGUAGCUCUUGCUGGCUUCCAAGGUGUAAAUUCUCAUGCUAUAAAUUUAACAAUGAGCUGGUUAGAGCUGGCUUCAAAAUACCCUUUUUCAUAAAGAAGCGGCAGACAUCAUCAUGCUUCUUUGCAGACUGUGAUGCCUUCAGAGCUGAAUUGCCCAAUGCUGAUUUCAAAAUUAUAAUAGAAGUUAUUUUGUUUUUCUAAAUAUAUUUUGGACACUGCCACACAGAGAGUUCAGGUCCAAUUAACUAAUUUUGCAUUAAAUAACGUGAUGCUGAACAUGGCUGCAAGAAGCUGGGGUGCUUUUGGACCCUAGAUUUCCCUCCAGAGCCAAUCAGUGAAGCACUGCUCUGAUGUUCACUUAUGGGCAAAUGAGAAAGAAUUCAAAUAUGGGAAUUAACAUUAAAAUCUCAGCUUUAUAAUAUGGAAAAACAGUAGGGGGCUGCAAUAUCAUUGUGAUAUGUAAUUUGGGUUACUUGUAAAUGUGAUGUCAUUUAAAAUAAUGAGAAGUGCCUUUCAUUCUUUUUCAUUGUUCUGUCUAGAUAUUUAACUUGGAUUAAAUUUACAACACAGGAACAAACAAACACCCUCUUCCCUUUCCCCCCAAACAGUAUUGUUGCCUGAGCAGGAAAAGCCUCAUUGGGAGGAGAAAUCAUUUUUCUGGCCAAACAUAGACUUGAUUUCUCAUCUGAGGGCCCUCCUUAAGUGAGAGCAUUGUUUAGGUGAAGAAGUUAAGUUUGCAGGAAGGUAGUAAGAUUGGUUGAGAAGCCAUAAGGAUGGGAAGAAUCUGAUGUUGGAAUGUGAGUGAGCGCAAGUGAAGAAGUGAUUGUGAAACUAAGGGAAAAAAAGGAAGUGUUUGUAUUCUUUUAUUUGUAAGUUAUACAUUGGGGAAACAGCAGGGCUCCUUCUAGUCUCUCCUUGUGUAGCCAAUCUGAUUUUCUGAAAGAGCCCAAGAAAGGCAGCCUAAGGCAAUAGGACACUUGUCGAGAAGGCUUAGUUUUGGGAAAUGUGGACCGAAGGACCGAUGCUAUGUUCCUAUGGGAGCCUGGGCUUCUCUCCUGUCAUUACUCAGCUUCUUAGAACACAUUCAUUCAGAACCACCUCUGGAAGAGCCAAUUUCUUUGUCUUGCAUUCAUUCAGAGUGGUUUUCCCUCUGUCUACUUCUUAAAUGAUGACUUCAAAGGAUUGCCAUGUUGACCUUCGAAAAAUGUGCACAAGAUGGUGAAGAGUCAUUUAUUUGUAUCUUGGGGAGACACUGGUUUCCUUUGCAACUGUUUAUACUUUUAAUGAUUUUGAGGGGAAAGUGUGUUGAGCAAUCUUCCCACACUCCAACCUUAGGAAACCCAGAAUGUUGUUUCACAAAAACUGUGGUCUCGUGUCUGUGAUCUUCCUCUUCUCCCCUUUCUAUUCCACCCUCAUUUGCUUGUUACUUUUUCAUUUAACAAUAAAUUAUCUG